CAGUUACUCAAGAUUAGGGUGAGCGUUGGACUACUUUAAACACUCCCCAAGUUCUCUCAGCCGGAAGAAGUUCUCAGCCACAAGUCUCAAUUGCAAGUAACACUCCUAGCUCAUAACUUGGACAUCAAUACCACUAAACACUCCCAAUAGGGUUCCCAGCAACGAUGCAGAAAGUGGCUGUGAUCCUUGUUUCUUAGUGUCCAACUUGUCAGGCAGAUUAAGCUCGUCGCAUCCGUAUAUCUUGUUUACCGUCACACUGAGGCCAGUCGGGAUCUUCUGGCGUCUUAAGCCCGGACGCAACAUGAGACAUCAGCAUUGACCCUGUCGAAUUCUGACUUCAAUACGCAGCAUCUGAAUGCAUGUGCCCUCACCGCCCCUGACAGUCAAUGAACUAGCGCUUAUGUUUCGGGUGCCUGCACUAGCUUAUUUGCCUCUCUAGGGAAAGGAACAAAUCCAGUCUGAAGAGGAGGCAGACCAUAUGGUCUACUAUUGCUCAUCUGACAGUCUGGGUGUCCCUUAUCAUCCAGCACGACUUUUCAAAAAGUCUUGAAAACACUCACGCUCUUAAUUUCAGGUAUAAAUCCUAGGCUCGCACAUUCAAGGUCAAUUCUAUCUCUGCUCCCAAUCUUGUCCGAAAUCAACCGCUCUCAACCAAUGGCUCCCACGAACAAGCUUGAGCCUGAAAAGGCCCUCAAGCCCAGGUCUCCUGAUGUGCAGUCAUCCGCGCAAGCCGAACCUGGCGGCAUUAUGGCUAUAGAUCAUGUUAAAGCAUUGCAAGAUAGAGUUCGCGAUCUGGAACUGCAGUCUCAAGUCUGUCAACUCCACCGCUCGCCCAAGUCUUCGGGCAGCCAGAGUCAGUCCGAUCCCGUCACAACUCUGACGCAGCGCCCCAGUGGCCAUGGCAAACCACGGGACGAGCCUACUCUUGAAGAAAAGGCCCCCGUCCAACAAAGGGAAGAUCCCUCUUUGAUUGAAGUUGUUUGGUUUUUUCCCCCAUUGUUAUAGUGUACUGGUCGGACAUGGUCAUGUCUUGUUCUCCUUUCGGUCUGACUAGAUGUCUAUAAAAUUGAAACCCCUCC